AUGGCACCACCCUCCCUUCCUCCGGCAAAUCCUCAAGACCAUCAAUACUGGACGGACCCAAUUCUUUGUGAAGAAACCCGAGCCAGGCUCGAGUACUUUCGAAGUUUGGGGCGGCUUCCCCCCAACUACAAGCCGAAGACUCUUGAAGGUAUUGCCGUUGUUGAACGGUACUGGCGAAAAUUUUGCAUUCAGUCCAAGGAAGAAUAUGUCGACUAUCUUCUCUCUGAGGACCAAACCAUCUAUAUGAACUUCUUUGACUGGAUGUACAAUACUUCCCGUAAGAAGCUGCUCCAGUCGUACGACGAAUAUUGGCGGCGCCUGGGUCAGUAUUUUAUCUUGUUCGCCGAACGCCCGAUGAAUAAUGAUGUCCACGAACAGAUGCGACGAUUUCUCAACCAACGAUUUCCCGCUGAACACAAGAUCUCUCGACGGAUGAAGAAAAAGAACACACUGGAUGUGGGUGCCUUCUGUGUUUUGUACCGCCACCACUGGGUACAUUCGAGAUAUUUCCGUCAUGGGAGCAUGGUACUCCAGUUUGCCACGAUCCAACUCUGGUCUUCAAUUACUGGGACCCGGCCCGGUGUUCUGCUCCCGCAGAAAGCGUUUCUCCCAAGCAACACGUCCCUGGGCAAACGAAAACGGGACCUGAGUAUAAAAAGUGACCUUCCCCAAUACAUUUCGGCCAAUGACCUUCCAGACUCAGUGUGUUAUCGUGAUAUCGAACUCUUCUAUCUCAAGGAUCCGGACAGCAACCGUGAUGUCCUCUGUGCCAUCAUCGAGUUUCGCAACCUGAAAGGGCGGCCUGAAGGCGCUGAUGGGACCAAGUUUUUCAUGCAUGGUGAUUAUCAGCUGUCCUAUUGCCCGAUCCUGCAAAUCGUCUCGUACGCCUUUCGUGACAAUGCCUUCGUCAAUACUACGCUAUCACCAGACAUCAUAUGGCGGAUCAAAGUUCCGGGCCGGCUUACUUGUCUUCCACUGCGGUGGAAGCCAGAGUUGCUAGAUACCCCCCUCCUACGGCAUGUCCACCGUACCGAAUACGGCUACGAAGUCGACCCAUCUCUACCGAUGGCAUAUGCCUCUAGCCGAGAUGGGCUACGGGAGUUGGGUCGAGACGCAAAAUUUGAGGACGAUGUCGUCCACUACAAUUAUCGGCGCUGGGCUGCAAACGAGGUGAAUCGGAAUUUCACCAGUCAGGAGCGACAAAGAGUGCUCGGCCAGUCGGGUGACGGGGUUUUCGAAAGGCACUACCAAUCUCAAUAUAUCCAACGCGAUCUGCAACAUGUGGUCCUGCUCCGGCCAUCUCAGGAAAGUCUCCACCAGGUUGGUGGGAGCAUGCUCAGGAAAUGGGAUCCGUCUGCUCCCUCCUCUGAACUGACCGAGGCGCAGCGUCGCACGAUCUGCCAGGAACCCCGAAUCUUGGAGCUCCGGCGAACCAAGAGAGAGGUGAUGGAAGAGAUGCGAAGCCUGGCUGGUACAAAGACUAAAGCUAAACACCUUUUCCCUCAUCUUUAUCAGCAGCACGACUCACUUUCAAAAGAGCUUUCCCAACUGAGGAAAAAUUUAGCCAAGGAAACCAAGGAGACCACCAGGAAGGAUUAUUUUUAUAAUGCGCCCAUAUUCGAGGUCGACAGACAGAUUAACCAACUCCUUGGUCAGGCCGACCCUGAGGACAGUGAUGGUGACAGUCCCGACCAUAAGAAGUGGGAACUACCUAUCCCUAAAUAUAUCUUCCCCGAGCGGGCACGGCUUGUUGAGAAUUUUUAUGGGCCGGAGGCAGAGAACUUUGAGGACGACAAGCUUCUUGCAAGACGUAUCCAGACGACCAAAGAUAUGGUUGCGCUCAGUAAGCUCUGUGAGCCAAAUCGGCGGGGUAAUCGGGUCAACUGGAAUUUCGAUGGUGAUGAGUCAGAGAAAUCGGAAGAGCCAUGGAUCCCCGAAGAGGAGACUCUCGACUGUCCAACGGACGUUUGCAUCAUCUGUUACGGUCUAUCGCGCCGUUCAGAAUCCAAUCCACCUCCACAUAGAUUUCCUCCUAAGCGACAAGAUUCUCUCCGUCGUCAUCUCAUCGACUGUCACCUCGCCAAUGCGCACGGCGGAAUCAGCUGUACCUGGGAGGUCUGCUGCGAUGUUCCCAAGUUCGUCGAAAUCACGGAUUUUAUGGCCCAUGCUCUAUACGUGCACGCGUACGAUGUCAAUAUGCAGCAGAAACAUCUUCCGGCAAAGCAUCCCGUCGGAGGCAGUGAGCAUUCAUCUCUUGAUGAUUCAGAGUAUCUUUCCGAACCUGAUCUCCAUUCCGGCAUAGGCACUCCAGCUUCCUCCAUCAGCUCUGGAAUGGCGAAUAUUGAUCCUCGCUUGGUCGAAUCCAGCCCCUCACCUCCCACGAAGUUGUCACCGCGUCGGUCCAAGAGAAUUAAAACGUCUCCGUAA